CCGGCGGGGCGGCGGCGCUCCCGGCGCAGGCCCUGCUCGGGGCAGCUGCCGCGCACCGUUCGCUCGCUUGCACCCUGGCCUUCUCCCAGCCACCAGACCGCCGGCCCGCCCCACCGGCGGGCCCGUGGCGGCCGGUAACGGCGGUAACGAAGCCCCGCCCCGCCCUGCCCUGUCAGCGGCGGGAAGGGGGGGGGGUGUGGAGACGAGCCGCGCGCGCGCGCGCCCCCGCCCGCCCCGCCACCCCCCGCCCUGCCAUCAUCCACCCGCCGCCGGAAUGUGGACGGCGCUGGCCCGGCCCUGAGGCGGCUGCGCGGCCCGCCGAGCUGUUCUCGACCGGCCUCCCCGCUCCCGAGGAGUGACGGGCUGGAGGCGGCGGCAGAGCGGGGAGGACGGCGGGGCUGCCACUGGCUCUUGUGGCAGGAGGAGAAUACUGACAUGAGAUGGAAGUCAAAACAUCAUUUGGCAAAGCCAGUAGGAUUCCUGAAACAGUAUCCACGUUAAUUAAUGAAGAAUUUGUCCUGGUUCAUCAGAAAUCUGAGGACACCUCUGGAAAAGAUGGGAAACCUCAGCUAAAGGUAUUUUCAAAUGGAGAUGAUCAGCUGGAGAAGGCAAUGGAAGAGAUACUGAGGGAUUCUGAAAAAGACCAGGACAAUUUCACUGCUCUCCGAGAAGGUUCAAGUGAUGCAAGCUGCCGGGCAGCUGGAGAUGGGUCAGCAGAUGAAACAAGUCAGCUAUCUUUGCACCUUGUUUUAGACCCUUCUACUACAGAAAUCUCUGCACUGAGGCCAUCUUCUCCCAGUGAACCCCUGGAAGAGGACAGCGUAUUGUUUAACAAACUGACUUACUUAGGUUGCACAAAGGUGUCUGCCCCUCGAAAUGAGCCAGAAGCUCUACAUGCCAUGGCAAACAUGAAAUCCUCAAGUCAAGCCCCCUUACCUGUAACGCUUUAUGUUCCGAACAUUCCAGAAGGCUCUGUAAGAAUUAUAGAUCAGUCAUGCAAUGGGGAGAUAGCUGCUUUUCCAAUCUAUAAGGUGUUGUUUUGUGUCCGGGGACAAAAUGGGACUUCAGUGAGUGACUGUUUUGCAUUUACUGAAAGCAGCUGUGGGACCGAGGAGUUCCAGAUUCAUGUUUUCUCCUGUGAGAUUAAAGAGGCAGUCAGCCGAAUUUUAUAUAGUUUCUCAACAGCAUUCAAACGUUCUUCCAAACAAGCAUCUGAUCAAGUUAAGGACUUUGUUCUUCCUACUCCAGAUGGUGAUGUGUACACUUUCAGUGUUUCCUUAGAAGUCAAAGAAGAUGAUGGAAAAGGAAAUUUUAGCCCUGUGCCAAAGGAUAGAGAGAAAUUAUAUUUCAAGCUUAAACAGGGAAUUGAGAAGAAAGUGGUGAUUACAGUUCAGCAACUCUCGAACAAAGAACUGGCCAUUGAAAGAUGCUUUGGGAUGCUACUAAGCCCUGGACGAAAUGUGAAGAACAGCGACAUGCAUUUACUAGACAUGGAAUCCAUGGGAAAGAGUUCUGAUGGGAAGGCAUAUGUAAUUACUGGAAUGUGGAAUCCUAAUGCACCCAUGUUUCUAGUACUUAAUGAAGAAACUCCUAAAGAUAAACGUGUAUUCAUGACUGUGGCAGUGGAUAUGGUUGUUACUGAAGUAGUAGAGCCAGUCCGUUUUUUGCUGGAGACUGUUGUGCGUGUGUAUCCUGCCAAUGAACGCUUCUGGUACUUCAGCAGAAAAACCUUCACAGAAACUUUUUAUAUGAAGCUAAAACAGUCUGAAGGAAAAAGCCACGCCAGUGCUGGGGAUGCAAUUUAUGAAGUUGUCAGUCUACAAAGAGAAUCUGCAAGAGAGGAAGAAUUGGUCAGCCCAACGAGUGGAGGAGGGCCUACGUCAUCCCAGGAGGAUGAGGCAGAAGAAGAGAGUGAUAAUGAACUGUCCAGUGGCACUGGUGAUGUGUCAAAGGAUUGUCCUGAGAAGAUUUUGUAUUCCUGGGGAGAAUUACUGGGGAGAUGGCACAAUAAUCUUGUUGUAAGACCAAAUGGAUUAUCUACCCUGGUGAAAAGCGGUGUUCCAGAAGCACUAAGGGCAGAGGUUUGGCAGUUGCUGGCAGGAUGCCAUGACAACCAGGCAAUGCUGGAUAAAUACAGAGUUCUUAUCACAAUGGAUUCUGCUCAAGAAAGUGUCAUUACACGAGAUAUUCAUCGUACAUUUCCAGCACAUGAUUAUUUCAAAGAUACAGAAGGAGACGGUCAGGAAUCUCUUUACAAAAUCUGUAAGGCAUACUCUGUCUAUGAUGAAGACAUUGGCUAUUGCCAGGGACAGUCUUUCCUUGCAGCUGUGCUUCUACUUCAUAUGCCGGAGGAGCAGGCAUUCUGUGUAUUCGUGAAAAUAAUGUAUGACUAUGGCUUGAGGGACCUCUACAGAAAUAACUUUGAAGAUCUCCAUUGCAAAUUUUUCCAGCUGGAGAAGUUAAUGCAGGAGCAGUUACCAGACUUGCAUAGCCAUUUCUCAGACCUCAAUUUGGAAGCUCAUAUGUAUGCGUCCCAGUGGUUCCUCACUCUUUUUACUGCCAAGUUUCCACUCUGCAUGGUCUUCCACAUCAUUGACUUACUACUCUGUGAGGGUAUGAACAUAAUCUUCCACGUAGCUUUGGCUCUCUUAAAGACCUCAAAAGAGGACCUUCUACAAGCUGAUUUUGAAGGAGCUUUAAAAUUCUUCAGGGUUCAGUUGCCCAAGAGGUACAGAGCUGAAGAGAACGCCAGAAGACUGAUGGAACAAGCUUGCAACAUUAAGGUGCCAACAAAAAAGCUGAAGAAAUAUGAGAAAGAGUACCAAACAAUGCGAGAGAGUCAGCUGCAGCAGGAAGAUCCUAUGGACAGAUACAAGUUUAUAUGUUUGUAGGUAACUCUCCUGCUGUUGCACUUUUACGGGAGAUCUUCAUGAGACGCAGAAACAAAGGGUGAUUCUCAGCUACAGACACAGAAAAGAGAAAAUACACAUUGUUCUAGCACAAGCUGUGUGCAGUGGCAUCCACAGAGACUUUUGGAAGAUGAACUCUUCCUUCACAGAUAUGAUCCUUGUUAUUCAUCUCUGUUUAUACCAAGCGUUAGUAGUUUUUCAUUAAUAUAAUGCCUAGUACGGUGGGACCCAGAGCUCUCUUGGGCUCCCAAGGUACUACUGCAAUAGAAUUAAGAGCUAUAAAUAUCCUGCUUUAAAGCAGCAAAGAAAUAAAGCUUCAGUUAUUAAUAUGAUAGCUUGAUAGUUCACCAAAAAAGAACAGUUCUCUAAUUUUGAAUCAGCAUUGCUUAUCUUUCCAAUGUAUUUGCUUUUUUUUGUCCCUGCUACAUUCUGUUGCCAUAGAUUUUUGUGUCAUGGAAGCUCUGCCUUCACUUAGUGUUCAGGAUCCAUUUAUUGCUUACCCUGCUUUGAAAAAUUCAGUUUUCUUUAGGUGAAGUUGCCAGAGAUGAAGCACUUUACUGCCUAUUGCCCAGAUUAGCUGGGAGCUCACAUAGCUCACAUAUAUACCUAUACUGUUCUGCUGUUCUUCAUUGAGCCUUAAUACGUUAAGUGACAUUGCAGUCGGUACAGACUCUACCAGUAGUGUGGAGAAGUAAAUAAUCAUCCAGGGUGCAACAGGUUUACGUGGUCUGUGAAUGUAAGGAAAGCGCACCAUGUUCAGAAAACCACAAUAUGAAAAUCUGUGGUGAAAGUCUAUGCCAUAAUUCAUAAAAGUAACAAGAUAGUGUUACCGGUACGGACAAAGUAAAACUGACCUUUUUUUUUUUAAGUAUUUACCUGUGAAAAAUUAUGUUUUGGGUGUAGUUCUUUCGAUGUUAAAGGGUGUAGAUUUUAUUGUUUGUGGAAACUGGGACUGUAGCAGCCAAGGGCAAAUAGUGAGUAUGACCUAUUUAGAAAAAACCACAACUUGCUGCUAAGUAUUUUUCCAGUGGUUCACUUAUAGUACUGUGGAAUUAAAAUAAUACUUAGAAAACAAAUAAGGCUUCUUUAAAGCUUUGUGGAAGCACAUUAACUAGUUAAUCUUGGCCAAUGGACAGUGCAGAACAUUAUCCCUAAGUUGCAAAUGAGUUUAUAGAAAGUGACUCUUGGGCCACUGUUUACGUGAGUCACCAUCACAGUUAAGAUCACAGCCCAGGGUUUUGGCUCGCACUUUUGCAACUCACUCUGUGAUUUUUUUAUGAAGCUGGACUGGGUCUGAUCCUCUCAGUGAUGCUGUGAUUAGAGACCUUGUAACCGGUUAGUUGCACAUUAAGUUCAAAGUUUGGGUGCAUUCCUCAGCUGAUGGGUGUCAUGGAGAAAUGCUUGUAAGUGCUCUGUUCCUUCUCUUGCAUGUUUGAUUGUAUUAAUACGUCAAGCUGAGGUUGGUAGGAAUCAAUAUUUCAAGAGUGUUUCCAAAGGGCAGCAAGAAACGCAGGCUCUGUGGAUCCUUGCAGGCAGAAAGUAGAGAGCCAGCUUCGCUUGUCCCUUAAAAGAUCGCUCUGCAGCCCAUGUGUUCAGAAAUGCAUUUCAUUUUGGCAGCAUCAGUGCUAGACUUUGCCCAGCCAGGCUUGGUUUGGGAAUGGACUGAGUCUAUGCUGUUGAAAAGCCAGUAUUGCCUCUGAGCGCAGCUUCUCUGGCCUUGCACGCUCUCUAUGUGGGCUGUGACCUAAAGGCCUACAUCGUUGUGAUUUUUACAAUUUCUCUUCACAGAACAAAAUGAGUGUUUGGUUUACUACCCAGGAUGAGGAUGUUGCUUGGAUGAGAUUGUUAGAGUGGAGAUGCCUGCAGAGUAUGCCUCUUAUAGGUCAAGAACGAUACAAGCUUUCAGUCUGUUGAUAGUUUUUAAUUAUAGUUGUUAGAGUUUUUGUCAUUUGCAGCAUGUCACAGUUUUUAUUUGCCAGUAGAGAUUAGUCAGGACCACAGAGGCAUUGGCACUUCUGAGUUGCAGUGAUGAAGGAUGUCUUGAGUAAGACACCUGGCUGUGCCCUGUCCCUCAGUGGGAACAGCCUGACAGACUGUUGAGAGCAUAGGAGAUGGGCCGUGCGCUGGGCUGGGGUGGGAGCAGCCGCUGUGGGGCCCCUGCUGCGCUGCUGCCUCCUCCUCCUGGUCCCUCCCUGCUGCCCUGUGAGCGGUGGGGAGGGAACUCCACCAGUGGGAGCUGGCGCGGCUCUCACGUGUGGGUCUGGCUUUCACCUGGGCAUCCAGGGGAGACCAGGACCGAACCAGAGCAGUGUGAGAGCGUGGCGUGCUUCUUCCUCUCUGCCCCAGUGCUGGGGUCCCAGAGGUCCUCCCAAGCACAGGGGCUGAGCAGCCUCCUGUGAAAGGCCGGGAAAGCGAAGCUCCCUGCCUGAGGGCAGCUGGGUAUGUCCAGGAAGGGUGCUCCUCCAAUCCCACCAACCCCAAACUCUGCACAGGCUCCGGAAAAGGGCUGGUUUUGCAACCUCUGGCCUGCCGUUAACCAGUCGCGUUUUCUUGACAGGUUAAAUUCAUGGGCUACAAUAAGCUGUGCUCCAUGCCACGGGAGUUCCUGCCCAGCUCGUAUUUUUCAUGUUGAUUGUGAUUUGACUUACCAAAAGAACAGUAUUAAAGAGUGCCAUUAUUUUGGGUGUUUGUUUCCUUCUGUAUCUGCAAGUAUUAUUUAGGAAAAGUGUAUUUUUUUAUGGACACCUUUUCACUUUAUUUUCCAUUGCUUAUAACAAAUUAUCACUCACAUUUUUGUCAGAUAGAUUUUUUUAAAGGUGCAAAAGGAAAUAUGUUUGAAAUUGCUAUUUGUCACCAAAUUUCAUGGCUUGGUUAAAAUAAAUUACAAAUUGCCUAUAGAAGCCAGGAGGAAAAGUGAGUUGCAUGUGCAGAAAAAAUAGCAAUAUAGUUCAGAUUGAUUUUUUUUCUAUAUAUUAUGGGGGUUUUUUUCUGUGUUUGAGAACAUCUCAUGUAACAGGAUUUUGGUUGAUUUUAUGAGAAAUUGCCAGAGUUGUGCUUGGGACUUCUUGAUUUAAAAUAAAGAGGAUAUAACCAUACAAAGAAGGGCUGGAGUUUUGCAAGCAGACCCUGUUUGUGCACGCAGUCCUGUUCUGAGGAUAGAAACGCCUUUUCCUCUGAGGACCUUGUUGUGCAACGGGGAAGUGGUCUCUCUGAAUAAAUGCAUAAUUUGGACAUAA